AUGCCCGACACCUGCACCCCCGAAGUUACCUGGGCCCAGCGCUCCUCCGACUCGGAGCCCGAGCGGAACUACCUCUACGUUAACCUCAAGACUCCCGACGUCUCCAAGUCCGAUGCCGACCUCAACAUCACCCCCACCGAGGUCUCCUUCACUGGAAAGUCUGGAAAGGGUGUGACAUACAAGGUCUCGCUGCCCCUCUAUGCCGAGAUCGACCCCGAGAACAGCAAGGUGAACCACACCGACCGCGAGGUUGAGCUCGUUCUGCGCAAGAAGGAGUUGAAGCAGGAGUUCUGGCCCCGUCUGCUUAAGGAGGCCAAGAAGUACCACUUCCUGAAGACCGACUUCGACAAGUGGGUCGAUGAGGAUGAGCAGGAUGAGGCCGGUGAAGAUGACUACGCCAACAACUUCGGUGGAUUCGGCGGCCCUGGCGGCGAGGAGGGUGGCGGCCUGAGCAACAUCGACUUCUCCAAGCUCGGCGGUAUGGGCGGUGCCGGUGGCAUGCCCGACUUGAGCGCUCUUGCUGGCGCCGGUGGUGGCAUGCCCGACCUGAGUGCCUUUGCUGGUGCUGCUGGUGCUGCCGGCGGCGCCGGCGGUGCUGAGGGCGAGGACGACGAGGACCUGCCCGAGCUCGAGGAGGACAACCAGAAGUCCAAGAUUCAGGAGGUUUCUUAA